AUGCGUAGCCAGGAAGGCCGCCGCGAUUUGUUUUUAAGGCGCCUGGAUUUCCUCAUCCUCACUCGAGGGUUUCUCUUCCUUUUCGCUUUUCCCGGCUCAUCCCAGCGCUGCGUGGGGUGGAUACGAGGUAUGCCUCUGAACGUGCAAGUUGCGUCCCUCAUCGCAGGGUCCGUUGGCUUGUCCAUUGCGGCUCUCGAUAGUAUCCCCGCCAUUCAUUGCAUUGUGGGUCGUGUCGCGCGUAAGUCAGCGCCGUUCGAUGAAGCCGAUCUCGCCAAAACCGCCUACCGCGAUGAAGACGGCGAGGCGACAGAGGAGUCGCUCGAGGCGUUCUCAGAUCGCUGGCAACGCUGCGCCAUUGCGGCCUUCUCGGGGAUCGGAUUUGGCGUCGCGCUCGCGCUUGCGACCCUCACAACCCUUCGACAUGAAUGGGCCUAUCUCGAGUUGACAUGGUUGGAACUGGCAAUUUGGGGAUUGUUGGCUGUUCAAGCCAUCUCAUUUUUCACGGAGCCCCGCCCAACACGACGCUUUGAGCUUGGUCAGUAUGCGUUUGGUGGCAGCUUGACUGCCUUGGCCGUCACUGCUAUUCAUAUCCGACUGGUGUGGGUCGCUCAUCGUUCCCUGCUGGACGAGAAGGUAUGGCUCAUCCUCAUAGCCAUUCUUCUCGCCAGUGCAGUACUGCGCGGGCUCUUUACCCUGCUUUUACCCCGCCGCCCAGAUGUCUAUUGUGAUGGGCAAGUCGUGGAUCGAGAGCUCACCGUGUCCGCCCUCGGCCGUUACACUUUCUCUUGGGCGGGAGGUGUCCUUGCGUAUGCUCUGAAGCAUCGGAAGAUUGAACUCGGCGACUUGCCGAAGUUGCGUGCGGCAAAGCGUGCGGCAUCACUCCGAGCCCACUUUGAAAAGGCUCGAGGUUCAAGAAGUAUUGCGAAAACGAUCGUCAUUGCGCACUGGGACUCCCUCACACUCCAGCUCUUCCUCACUGUAGUCAUCAGUGUUUUGGGAUUUGGACCCCAGAUGGCUCUGUUCAAAAUCCUUGCCUCAUUGGAGACUCGCGGAACCGCCAUGUUUGAUUCUCUGCAAACAUCCCUCUGGGUUGUCGCACUGGGAGGCCUGACGCUGCUGCACUCUACAGUGGAAGCCUGGCUGUUCUGGUGCGUCUGCUCGAAGCUUUUCGUGCCCAUUUACGCAGAACUCACGGCCGUCGUGUUUGCAAAAUCCAUGCGUCGCAAGGAUGCGAAAAACGCUAAAAAGUCCAAGGGCAAGGAGGACUCAGAUGCAACCACCAAAGGACUGCCAUUAGAGCAGAACAAACAGGAUGAGGGGGAGGACGAGGAGGAAGACGAUGAAACUUCCAUCAAAAAGAGCCGACAGAGCAUCAUCAACCUUGCUGCCGUGGACGCGAGGCGCAUUUCGGAUUUCACCUCGUACGCCUAUCUUAUUCCACUGGCAACCCUGAAAAUCAUCAUCGGCUGCUCCUUCUUGGUCAACAUUCUGGGCUGGCGUAGUGCUUUCGCCGGCAUCGCCGUCGCAUUGCUAGUCACUCCGCUCAACAUAUAUGCGGCGAAGAAAUUUACUGCUUCCCAAGAUGUCUUGAUGAAACUCCGUGACCAGAAGAUGGCAAUUGUCACAGAAGUUCUCCAGGGUAUCCGCCAGAUCAAGUUCUCCGCGUUGGAGGAACAGUGGCAACAAAAGAUCACUCAAGCGCGAGAGGCAGAACUUGGAGCGCUCUGGAUCGUGUUCCUCUUCGAUAUUCUUCUCAUGGGUAUCUGGAUUCUGGGCCCCAUCGGAUUGUCCGCGGUCUCUCUCGCGGCCUACGCAUUGAUUCAUGGGGGAUUGACAGCCUCGGUGGCGUUCACGGCCAUGGCUAUCUUUGGAUCCCUUGAGAUGUCCUUGGCUAUUCUGCCUGAGAUUAUCGCCAAUGGCUUGGAGGCAAAGGUGAGCGCUGAUCGAAUUGAUGUUUACAUGAAUUCGGCAGAAAAGAUCGUCAAUACGGUCCCCUCAGACCACAUCGCAUUUGAGGAUGCAACCGUUGGCUGGCCGGCAGAGGUGGCAGACGACGAAGAGGAGGAUGAGGACCGGUUCCUUCUGCGAGAAUUGACCAUCGCCUUCCCUAUGAAGGGCCUCAGUGUCGUCUCCGGGCGUACUGGAUCCGGAAAGAGCCUGUUACUUUCAUCGAUCCUGGGUGAAUGCGAUGUCCUUCAGGGUAACAUUCAUGUGCCCGUCCCGGCCCCGGUCAAAGAACGCUUUGAUCAUCUCGCGACAAGUGCCAACUGGACCAUUGACUCGGCCAUCGCAUACGUUGCCCAGGUUCCUUGGAUCGAGAAUGCUACCAUUAAAGACAACAUUCUGUUUGGUCUGCCUUUCAGCGAAGAGCGUUAUCGGAAGACGCUCUUUGCAUGCGCAUUGGAAAAGGACCUGGAAAUGAUGCCGGAUGGCGAGCUCACCGAUAUUGGCGCCAAUGGCGUCAAUCUCAGUGGUGGUCAAAGGUGGCGAGUCUCGUUUGCUCGUGCCUUGUAUUCCCGAGCAGGUAUACUGGUGAUGGAUGAUAUCUUCAGUGCCCUCGAUGCACACACUGGUCGCCACGUAUUCGAGCAUGCUUUGACGGGUGAACUUGGUCAGGGGCGAACCCGGAUCUUGGUCACUCACCACGUUGCACUCUGUCUCCCCAAGACGGACUACUCUGUGUUGUUGGAGAAUGGCCGCAUCAAGUAUGCUGGCACCAUCGAAGAGCUGCGCAAGGAAAACCACCUAGAUGAACUGUUGGAAGCAGAGCGUGAGGCAACCAAGGAAGAUCUCGACCGAGCCAACGAAGAGAACGCGGCCCUUGACCCUGAGGAAACGAACCUUCAGAAAGUCAUUUCGAGAACUUCGCAACGUCGGCCAAGCCACGCGCAGGAUGACUCUACGCCAAAAGCCAAACCACCGAAGAAAUUCAUCGAGGAUGAACAGCGAGAAGUAGGCUCCGUUCAGCUUUCAGUCUAUAAAGGUUAUUUCGCAAUGGGUGGUCACACCGCCAUAUGGUUGAUCACUUUGGCAGUAUACCUCAUCUAUUGGGCGCUCAUGAUCGGACGGUCAUGGUGGAUCAAUCUCUGGACUAGCGCAUCGUCCAGAACCCAGACACAUCCGGAACAAUUCUCGGCAUUGUUGCAACACACAAUGUCGGCUCAAACCAAUCGUGCUGAGCAAAAUAGCUUAGGAUGGUAUCUGAGCAUCUACGCUGGCAUUUCCGUGCUCGCAUGUAUCUUCGGCACAGCUCGGUACUAUUUCAUGCUCUCUAACAGUAUCCGUGCCUCGAGACGUCUGUUCAACAACCUCACCCACGCUAUUCUCCGUGCACCGCUCCGAUGGCUCGACACCAUGCCCCUAGGGCGAAUUCUGAACCGAUUCACCUCCGACUUCCACAUGAUUGAUGCCCGAAUCGGCUACGAGUUUGCCUUUUUCGGGUCCCAAACCCUGGAAGUGUGCGGGAUCGUCCUUGCCGGAGUACUGGUAUCCCCCACGGUCCUGAUUCUCGCCGCCAUUCUUUUCGUUGUCUGCAUGCGACUGUCCAUGACUUACCUCGCAGGUGCACGUGAAAUCAAACGCCUUGAAAGCACCGCGAAAAGUCCCGUGUUUGAACAAUUUGGAUCCAGCCUGGCUGGUCUGAUCACCAUCAGAGCAUUCAGCAAGAGCGAAACCUUUAUAGACGUCAUCUACGAAAAGAUCAAUGCGCACGCCCAAGCCUGGUGGACCAUGUGGCUCCUCAACCGCUGGUUGGGUAUCCGCAUGAACAUCGUUGGCGCCGUGUUCUCGACUGCCACGGCCGCCCUCGUGGUUUCUCUGCCCGGGGUCUCAGCCUCCCUGGCUGGAUUUGCCCUCAGCUUCGCCCUUCAAUGUAACACUGCGAUUGCGUUUGUUCUCCGACAGUACGCUAAUAUUGAGCUCAAUAUGAACGCCACCGAGCGAGUCAUUGAGUAUUCCAACAUCGAGUUGGAAAACCAGGGUGGCGUGAACGCCCCCGCGGCGUGGCCUACCGAGGGCCGCCUUGAGGUCAAUGACCUUGUGGUCGGUUACGCACCUGACUUGCCGCCUGUUCUCAAGGGACUCUCUUUCACGGUCGAGAAGAACCAGCGUGUCGGUGUUGUAGGCCGCACCGGGGCGGGCAAGUCAUCUUUGACCCUUGCGCUCUUCCGCUUCCUGGAAGCCCGAGAGGGCAAGAUCUUGGUCGACGGUCUCGACGUGUCCACAAUCACACUCCACGACCUGCGCAGCCGAUUGGCCAUCAUCCCACAAGAUCCAGUCUUGUUCUCCGGAACAGUGCGAUCGAACCUCGACCCCUUCGAGGCGUACAGUGACUCCGAGCUGAAGGAUGCCUUGGCCCGGGUCCAUCUUAUCUCGUCUCAGACUGAAGAUGACGAGACCACUCUGACCUCCCAGGCCGCGACGCCCAUGCAGAGUGGAACAGGCGCUACCACGCCUGACACAGCAACGGCUCGGCAAACCAACUCGAAUAUCUUCACCUCCUUGUCAGCUCCCAUUUCUGAGGGUGGUCUGAAUCUCUCACAAGGCCAGCGUCAGCUGCUUUGUCUUGCACGUGCUAUUGUGGCCCGGCCCAAAAUCAUGGUUCUGGAUGAGGCCACCUCUGCAGUGGAUAUGGAGACCGAUGCGUUGAUCCAGCAGUCGAUCCGUGCAGAAUUUGGUCGCAACGCGACGACAUUACUGGUCAUCGCUCACCGUCUCAGCACGAUUGCCGACUUUGACCGUAUCUUGGUCAUGGAUGCCGGCAAGGCUGUUGAGUUUGGGCGCCCUGAUGAGUUGAUGAAGAUUGAGAAUGGCGUAUUUAAAAGCCUGGUGGACAACAGCGGAGAAAAAGCUGUUUUGGAGAAAAUGAUUUUUGGAGAGCAGUGA